AUGUAUAUCCCCAUGAUAGAACACCUAGAUUUCAUGGCUCAGUGUACCCUGAAGUUCCAAAUAAAUCAUUUUAUUUUACAGAUCUGCUUUAACUUCGGAAAUGGACUUCACUUCGAGACCUUCAACAGGAGAAAGGAAAACAAGCUGCUUCCUACACAAACGCACCUCGUUCGGCAGAAGCGGGCCUGGAUCACUGCCCCUGUGGCGCUUCGAGAAGGAGAGAAUCUGUCCAAGAAGAAUCCAAUUGCCAAGAUUCAUUCUGACCUUGCAGAAGAAAGGAGGCUGAAAGUCACAUACAAGUAUACCGGCAAGGGGAUCACAGAGCCCCCCUUUGACAUUUUUGAAUUCAAUGAAGACACCGGAGAAUUGAACGUCACCAAGAUUCUGGAUCGAGAAGAAACACCGUUUUUUCUACUCAUAGGUUAUGCUUUGGAUAAAAAUGGAAACAACCUAGAAAAACCCUUAGAACUACGAAUUAAAGUCCUCGACAUCAAUGACAAUGAGCCGGUGUUCACACAGGAUGUCUUUAUGGGGUCUAUUGAAGAGCUGAGCGCUGCAGAUACGAUUGUGAUGAAAAUCAAUGCAACAGAUGCAGAUGAACCCAAUACUAUAAAUUCUAAAAUUUCAUAUAAGAUUGUUUCCCAGGAGCCUAAUUACCCUCCAGUGUUUCACUUAAAUAAAGACACAGGAGAAAUUUCUACAACAUCUUUUAAGUUGGACAGAGAAGAACAGAGCAGCUAUACUUUGAUCGUAGAAGCAAGAGAUGGCAAUGGACAGAUAACAAACAAACCUGUAAAACAAGCUCAAGUUCAGAUCCGUGUUUUGGAUGUCAAUGACAAUAUACCUGUAGUGGAAAAUGAAGCGUAUGAAGGGUCUGUUCAAGAAAACCAAGCCAAUGUUGAAGUUAUGCGCAUUAGAGUGUUUGACUUAGAUGAAGUUGGCUCAGAUAAUUGGUUAGCAAAUUUUACAUUUGCAUCAGGACAUGCAGCAAGUUAUUUCCAUAUAGAAACUGAUACGCUCACGAAUGAAGGGAUUGUGACUCUUAUUAAGGAAGUGGAUUAUGAAGAAAUGAAGAACCUUGACUUCAGUAUUGUCGUCACGAAUAAAGCAGCUUUCCACAAAUCAGUGAAGAAUACAUUCAAGCCCACACCCAUUCCCAUCCGAGUAAAGGUGCAAAAUGUGCAAGAAGGCAUUCGUUUUAAAAGCAGCACAAUCACGGUGCAUGCCAGUGAGCACACGGACAGAUCAAGCCAAGGCAGAAUAAUUGGAAAAUUUCAAGUUUUUGAUGAAGACACUGGAAAAACAACCCGUGUAAAAUAUACAAAAUGGGAAGAUGUAGAUAAUUGGAUCUCUGUGGAUACUCGUACCUCUGAGAUUAAACUUGUAAAAAUUCCUGACUUUGAAUCCAAAUAUGUCAUAAAUGGUACAUACACCACAAAAAUUAUAGCUGUAUCAGAAGAUUACCCUAGGAAAACCAUCACCGGCACCAUUGUCAUCAUGGUUGAAGACAUCAAUGACAAUUGUCCCACACUGGUGGACCCCGUGCGGAGUGUCUGUUAUGAUGCCCCUUAUGUGAACGUUACUGCCCAGGACCGGGAUGGACAUCCCAACAGCGGGCCUUUCACUUUCUCUGUCAUUGACAAGCCACCUGGAAUGGCGGAGAAAUGGAAAAUAGUCCAACAAGAGAGUACCAGUGUGCUGCUACAAGCAAGUGAACGAAAGCUUGGGCGAAGUGAAAUCCAAUUCCUGAUUAAAGAUGCUCAGGGCUUCAAUUGCCCGGAAGAUCAGGUCCUUCAGCUCAGUGUUUGCAACUGUCUGGAUGGCAGUGGCUGUGUGGAAGCCCUGCACGACUCCUAUGUUGGCCUGGGACCAGCCGCAAUUGCCCUAAUCAUCUUUGCCCUUCUGCUCUUACUACUUGUACCGCUCCUCCUGUUAAUGUGCCACUGUGGAGAGGGGGCCAAAGGCUUUGCCGCUGUGCCUGGCACCAUGGAGAUGCUGCACCCGUGGAACAAUGAAGGGGCACCCCCUGAGGACAAGGCCAUGCCGCUGCUGCCGCCGCCGCCGCUUCCAGCAGGAGACCCCAGGGGAAACCUGUCCUCAGAAAGUGGAGUAGGGUGUUCAUUCACCAAGGGAGCCGCCGGGAAAGGGAGUUUCUCAGCCUCCGUUAGCAAAGGGUUCCACGAGACGUCCGAGAUGGAUGGGAGGUGGGAAGAGCACCGGAGUCUUCUCUCUGGAGGGGCUGCCCAGGUCACGGGGGCAGCUGGACACGUCCUCAGCAAGGAGACCAUCAGGACCACAAGGGCCACCGGCAUGACCAGAGAGUUCGCUGGGGCUCAGACUGCUGCCGCUGUCCUGAGCGAGGAGUUCUUAGGGAGCUACUUCGCUGAAAAAGCAGCCUCUUACGUUGACGAAGAUGAUCUUCACAUCGCCAAAGACUGCCUGAUGGUGUACUCUCAGGAAGCCCCUGACUCUCCCCAUGGGUCCCUUGGCUGUUGCAGUUUCAUUGAAGGAGAGCUAGAUGACCUCUUCCUAGAUGAUUUGGGACUUAAGUUCAAGACCCUGGCCGAAGUUUGCAUGGGGCAAAAAAUAGAUAUGAACGUGGACAUGGAGCAGAGGCAAAAAUCAGUUGCAGAAGCAAGCGUGAGCACAGCCUCACGUUCACACGCUGAGCAAACGGUAGUUCACACCGGAAACGCCUCCUCUGGCAGUAGUUUCCAUGUGGCAAAACCUGUGCACGCAGCAAAUACUGAGAAAGUGUUUCAGGAAGUAGUCACCGAAAGGUCCGUGUCAUCUCAGCAGGGUCAUCAGGUAGCUACCCCUCUUCCUGAUCCCUUGGUUCCUAGUAGUCUUUUAGUGACAGAAACCUCCUAUGCCACAGGCUCCACCAUCCCGGCCAGCGCUGCCCUCCUGGGCGCCAGACAACCACAGGGGCUGAUCGUGACCGAAAGGGUCUAUGCGCCGUCGUCCACUGUGAUGGAUCAGCACUCGGCCAGUGCAAGUAAUGUCCUGCUCACUGAACGAGUCAUUCAGCCUAACGAGGGAGUGCUGAGUCCUCUCCAAGUCCCCCAGUGUCUGCCAGACGCACAUUACGUCAUGGUGAGGGAAAGAGAGAGGGUCCUGGCCCCCGGCUCGGGCGUGCAGCCCCCUCUGGCCAUGCCAAGGGUAGCGAUGGGACAGAACGUAACAGUGACAGAAAGGGUGCUCACACCUGCUUCCACUCUGCAGGCCAGUUACCAAGCUCCCGUGGAAGCCUCCGUGGUGACCAGAAAGGUCAAGGUUUCGGGAACCAGCGUGACAGGCCCUGUGCCAAAAUUUGGUUUAGAGGAGUCUGCUUUCUAGUUCUGCCUUACCUGCCCGCACCUCCCACUGGAAGCGCCAGCAUAGCACUGGGCAACACCGUCCCACACACUCCUCCUGGCCACCAGCCACAACCGGGCCCAGAAUUUAACCGACCACACCUGGUUUCACGGUUUCAAUUCCCCUGGCUCCUCAGCAGCUAGACAGAGAUACAUACAUAUUGGACUUCGGUCUUUCUCCUUCAACAGUUGGCAAAAGGGAUCACCCUGGUUCCCAGAAUGUGUUUUAGAAAUGCCCUGUGAUUUUCAGAGGACAGAGUGAGGGUACUGUUUGUCUGAACCGUUUAAACCGGAUGAAGAGAGGAUCCAGGCCAUCGUCCAUUGAAUUGAACCACAGACUGGGUCUCUGUACCCCAUCUGAAUUCUAGACCGUAUAUUUAUUACAACCGGUAGAUCAUCAGCAACCCGUUGAUUCCUAGAAAUGACCAUCCAUCUGGGCUAUGGAUUUGGUUGUUUUCGUUCCUUUAAAGAGGACCUUUGUGAUCUGUGAAGCUGGCUGGAUUGUGUGCUGACAUGAUCAGAACACACUGUAUGGUUUCCUGCUUGGGAGAGAGGGCAUUGGGGUGGGUAGAUGUGUUGUAUGACUUUAAAAAUAACACUCAAACUUUUCCUUGUCUUCUGCAUAUAUAAGAAAUGUUGACCAUUUCAAAUCCAGUUGAAUAAUCUAGGGCAAAAUCCAUAGCAAUACAUCAAUUUUUCUGUUUAUAGUAAUAUUGUGCCAUUAAAAAUCAACACUCAGGGAGCAUGACCUUUAAACUGCUGGUGUUCAGAGUACCUAAACGAAUCAAUAGUCUACAGUCAUCACUGCUGCGAGCCACAUCUCCUUCAUUCAUUGCUCUGUAUCCUCAGGGUCUAACAUCUGGGCAAGUAAAUAGUUGUGCAAUUAAACUGAAGUUGACAAUUCUUUCAUCUGCAAAUGCCAAAAAUAUCCAAAGAUUAUCAAAUUCCUGCAACUCUAAGCUUGAUGUGAUGAUUCUGUGCUGAUGUCGUAGAGCCCUGGACUGACUGCUCAUGACUGAAAACGGCGUCCUGUGGCCACUGUUUGCUGGCUGUCGAAUGGAUUCUCUCUUGUAGCGGCCCCAUGGGACAGCGUGGAGCAGACCCAUACAUCGCCUCUUCCUGCUUCCCCAGAGCUUCUGGGUGCGUUUGAACUGCCAGCCUUUAGGUGAGCAGCAGAGCACUUGAGUG